CCGGACACCGCGCGGGCCGCCGGCAUCAUGAAGAUCUGGACUUCGGAGCACGUCUUUGACCACCCAUGGGAAACUGUUACAACAGCUGCAAUGCAGAAAUACCCAAACCCUAUGAACCCAAGUGUGGUUGGAGUUGAUGUAUUGGACAGACACGUAGAUCUCUCUGGAAAGUUGCACAGCCAUAGACUUCUCAGCACAGAGUGGGGACUGCCUUCUAUUGUGAAAUCUCUUAUUGGUGCAGCAAGAACCAAAACAUAUGUGCAAGAACAUUCUGUAGUGGAUCCCGCAGAGAAAACAAUGGAACUUAAAUCUACUAAUAUUUCAUUUACAAAUAUGGUUUCAGUAGAUGAGAGACUUAUAUACAAACCACAUCCUCAAGACCCAGAAAAAACUGUUUUGACUCAAGAAGCCAUAAUUACCGUGAAAGGGGUCAGUCUCGGCAGUUACCUCGAAGGCCUGAUGGCAAGCACGAUAUCGUCAAAUGCCAAUAAAGGCCGAGAAGCAAUGGAGUGGGUAAUACAUAAAUUAAAUGCUGAAAUUGAGGAAUUGACGGCUUCGGCAAGAGGGAGCAUAAGGACACCAAUGGCAGCAGCAGCAUUUGUGGAGAAAUGAUAAUGAAAGUUGAUAACACCCAGUUCCCCAGGUCUCUACAAGCUGGCAGUAUAUUUAUUUGUUAUUUAAAAAAUACAACUAUAUUUUCGGUAGAAUUGUUUUUUAAUAAGCUGAAGAAGGACUAUGUGACUUGAUCAAAACAAAGAGGUGCAGUGUUUCUAAAUCAAAGGGAUUGGCUGAAAUUAGUGUUGUCUGAAAUGACUGUCUGAUUUUGAGGAUUCCAGUAUUUAUGUAAAAAUGUAACAAUUUUUGAAAAGUACUUGAAAAUUGGUAUUGGCUGAUCAAACCUCCUUAAGGUAGAGUUUUAAAGCUUUUCAUGCAUUGGAACUCUACCUGUCUUUGGACCAACCCCAGAACCAAGCAGAGCCACCUCUUACAUACCCACCACUGCCCUGCAAUAAACUUGGAGAACUUGCAUGAGGGAACUCACUUUUAAAGGAGAAACUGUAUAGUUUUAAAAAGACAUUAAUUGUAUAAAAUAACUUGCUCUGCUAUAAACCACCAUUAAAAAUCACAGUGUUUUAAUUUGGUACUCAACAUUUUUGGAGUAAAAAUUAUCAUGAAAGUAAUAACUGACUCCAACAAAAAUAUAUUUUAUUGUGUUAAAGAGUACUGUAUUGAUUUGCCAAAGUUUUGUAACUUAGUAAAUGUAUUACCUUCCUUGGAUCUGUACUUUAUGACUUAGUAUGCUGUGUUGUGGGCUGGUUAUGUUAACUGAAAAAAUAAAGUCAUUACCAGAAUUUUGCACUACUCUAAACUUAAACAGAAGAACAGCUGUUCACAUCUUUUAGCAUUUCACAUUUGCCUAACUUAUCAAUUGCCAUGUGUCAAAAUUGUGGUUCUGUAAUUGCUAAAGCAUGAUAUGUCAGGUUAUUUGAAU